AUGCUGGAAACGACAUUUCAUUCCACAGCUGAAACAUCAACUCUUGUCUUUUCUGAACGGCACGGUACCAGUCCAAAGGAAGCUCUCUACGAGUGCAACAAUGAUUUUGAUGAAAUCCAACAAAUGCCAGAUGUUGCUUUUAUCCUCCAAGAAGCGCUUUUGUUUAUUGACAAGUGCAUCUUGUCUGAAAAAGAACUGGAGAACUGCAAAGACCCCCUCCAGGUCCCAAGGACUGUUCUUUCUGAAUGUCUCAAUAUACUUGAUGUUCUUGGCCCAUGGUGUGCGAACCAUAUUGCUGAAAUGUUUAUAAAGCAGUUGGAUAAGUUAAUAACGCACGAGCAGUCCGAGAUAAGCAAGAUAUUGUUACGUUAUACAGCUACCCAGUUACGUUUUGUCACAAAGAUCUUUGAGAAACUUUUCAAUAUUGGUUAUUGUAUUGAUGAGUUCUUGCAGUUUGUAACACCUAAAGUGAUAAAGUUGGUCAACAUUCUUCGCAGUUAUAAACCUGAAUUUGAAUUUGUGAUAUUGCGAGAUGAGGAGGCUGACGGGAUUCUAGACUCAGAUGAUGACACUAUAGAUGACAUGUCUGAUUCGGAUGACUGUGAUAGCUCUGGGCAUCAAAGCAAGGAUCUGCAUAUCACCCUCAAGCAUCCCACUGCAAGAGGGGAAAAUUCAGAUGCAGAUCCCCUUGAACAGGACGAGGAAAAAAAGUUGUGCGGACUGAUAUUUGUGGAUUCCAUUUCUAUCAUCAACAGAUACUGUGCCAAGCUGCCAAGUGAUGCCUUUACUUACCUGACCCCUAAAUGCAGUGUAGAACAGACAGAUUUCAAAAAUCAUCUUUAUUAUGUUGCUACACUUAAGUUGCCAAUCAACUCUCCUGUGAAGAAGGAAGUAAAGGUGGGUGAGCUUGAUGAUCAUUUUCUACCUGUUGGCAAAGAGAUUUUAAAGUAUGAGGAAAAGGAAGCACUGAAGGAUCCUUUGAAGUAUGGAGAAGAUGGAGAAUGGGAAGAAGAGGAGGAGGAAGAAGAGAUGGUUGGAUGUCCACGACCUGGGACCACAAAACGCAAGCAAUAUUAUUUCAAAAAGGCGGCAGAUGCUUUAAUGAGUUGCCACAUUGAAGUUGGUUCACCUUCUCAUCAUUUACCAGCAGAUGCCGCUGUCACCACCAACUCAUCUACACAAUGUCCAUCACCUUCACAAGACAACCAGCUUCAGGAACAUUCUAAAAGUCAACAUUGUCAGUCUUUAUCAUCUGAAGAACAGGUUAAAGCCCAAGACUCUGGCCCCAUUUUUUCUUCCCUGAAAAGUAUUGCUCACUCUGAGGAUCAUACCAUCAAGAAAAUGGCAUCACUGGCAUUUACUUCUCCUCCCGAUUGUAAGGCUAGCACCAAUAUGAAAUCAGAUCCACUCAUACCAUUCACCACUGAGAACAGUAACAGCUGUAUCCAAAAUACCAUGGUUCAGUCGCCUCCUUCUACUAAAAAGGCAGCAAUGAGUGAACUUGGCAAAAACGUCCCUCCCUCGUCCACCACCGACAACAAUGCUAACUGUGAUAUCCCUCCCACCCAAAAACGUGAUUUGAAUGCCGAUGUCUUUCAAAAUGUGACAUCCUUCUGUGGCGAGUCGGCACAACUAGAUACAAGCAAAAUCUCUGACUAUUGUAUUAUUGCCGACAAAACAAAUGCAAACUCCAUUUACAGCUAUGCUUCAUCUCAGGAAAAUAAAACAGCAUCACCUUUGCUGCCCCCAUCACCUCCGCCACAGAUCUGCUGUCCUCCUCUACUUUUGGAUACUGACAUUGAAUUGAGCAGCUUUAUUGGGCCAAGCCCAUGUGUCAUUCUACAAGCGCUUACAAUGUCAAAUGCCAAUGACUUUUUCAGUCUUGAACGACUGGAGACAAUUGGGGAUUCCUUUCUGAAAUAUGCCAUAACUGUUUACUUAUACUGUCAGUACCCAGGUAUUCAUGAAGGUAAACUAAGUUAUUUACGCAGCAAGCAGGUGAGCAAUUACAAUCUAUAUCGACUUGGUCGCAAAAAGGGGCUUCCUGAACGUAUGGUGUCAGCGAAAUUUGAACCUUAUGAAAACUGGCUGCCUCCAGGUUAUGUUAUCAACGAGGAGCGAAGACGAGGCCCGGUGCACAAAGUACAUAUCACUUCCAGCAAUGGGAAAUUUGAAGGUCGAUCCUUGAAUAGCCGAUUAAAUGGGGACAUUUUAGACGGAGGCGACUGUUUCCCAAAAAUUGAAGAAUCAAAGUAUUCAGUUUAUAAUUCUGUUGAGACAACAGUCAAGUCAAAUGAUGAUUCAAUGAAUUUUAUCAAAGACUUUGAUGAUAAUUUUCCAAGUCAUAAUUUUUCUUCUUUUUUUCUUUCUCUUUUUUCUUUCUUUUUCUUUUUCUUUCUCUUUUUUCUUCCUUUUUCUUUUUUCUUCCUUUUUCUUUUUUCUUUCUUUUUCUUUUUUCUUUCUCUUUUAUCUUUCUUUUUCUCUUUUUCUUUCUCUUUUUUUUCUCAUUUUUCUUUUUUCUCAUUUUUCUUUUUUCUUUCUCUUUUUCUUUUUUCUUUCACUGUUUCUUUUUUCUUUCACUGUUUCUUUUUUCUUUCUAUUUUUCUUUUUUCUUUCUAUUUUUCUUUUUCCUUUCUCUUUUUUCUUUCUCCUUUCUCUUUUCUCUUUCUCCUUUUUCUUUCUCUUUUUUCUUUCUCCUUUCUCUUUUUCCUUUCUCCUUUCUCUUUUUUCUCUCUUCUUUUUCUUUUUUCUUUCUCCUUUCUCUUUUUUCUUUCUCCUUUCUCUUUUCUCUUUUUUCUUUCUUUCUUUCUUUUUCUCUUUCUCUUUUUUCUUUCUUUUUCUCUUUUUCUUUCUUUCUCGUUUUCUUUCUUUUUCUCUUUUUCUCUUUUUCUUUCUUCUUUCUCUUUUUCUUUCUUCUUUCUCUCUUUUUUUCUUUUUUCUCUUUUUUCUUUCUUUUUCUUUUUUCUCUUUCUCCUUUCUCUUUCUCCUUUCUCUUUUUCUUUCUCUUUUUCUUUCUUCUUUCUCUCUUUUUCUUUUUUAUCUCUUUUCUUUUUUCCUUUUUCUUUUUCUUUCUCUUUUUUCUUUCUCUUUUUCUCUUUUACUUUUUUCUUUCUCUUUUUUCUUUCUCUUUUUCUUCAUUCUUAUUCUCUUUUUCUUCAUUCUUAUUCUCUUUUUCUUCAUUCUUAUUCUCUUUUUCUUUCUUUUUUCUUUCCUUUUUCUUUUUCUCUUUUCUUUCUUUUUCUCUUUCUUUUUUCUCUUUUUUCUUACUUUUUCUCUUUCUUUUUUCUCUUUUUCUUUCUCUUUUUUCUUUCUCUUUUUCUUUCUCUUUUUCCUUUUUCUUCUUUCUCUUUUUCCUUUUUCUUCUUUCUCUUUUUCCUUUUUCUUCUUUCUCUUUUUCCUUUUUCUUCUUUCUCUUUUUCCUUUUUCUUCUUUCUCUUUUUCUUUUUUCUUUCUUUUUUUUUCUUUCUCUUUCUUUUUUCAUUUUUCUUUCUUUUUCUUCUUAUUCUCUUUUUCUUCUUAUUCUCUUUUUUCUUUCCUUUUUCUUUCUUUUUCUUUUUACUUUCUUUUUCUUUUUACUUUCUUUUUCUUUUUUCUCUCUUUCUUUUUUCUCUUUUUUCUUUCUUUUUUCUUUUUUAG